CAGAAAGAAGGGGGUUGAGCGCCCAAUGCCAGGCAGUCUGAUCAGACCACUUAUUCCCAAAUGUUGGUGGAUCAGUCAGAGAAUCUCUGCACAUUGCAACAUCCUUCCCAGUCUGUCUAUUGUGUGCAUGCUAGGCUCUCUGCUUGCAUGAAUGCUUGUGGGUGUUAGCUUUCCUUUCUGACUGUCUGCUGCUGUGUGUGUGUCUCUCUGUGCAUCGGUCAGACAGUGUUUUUUCUCUCCCUGUUCACUGAAUAUACAAAGCCCGUGUCUCCCCACCCCUCCUGCUCUCUUUUCUGAUCUCUCCCAUGCAUGCUGAUCUCUAAGCACUCAGUCUAGCUGUCUCGGUACCAUCUGUCCAUCGCUUGUUGCAGUUUCUGCUUGUUACUGUAUCCCUGCCCACAGCUUGUUUGUGUGUGUGCGUGUGGCUGGCUCUGGACUGUCUCUGCAUCACUCUGCCCACCCCCUCCCUCUCUCUCCAUCCGUCUCCCUCCUGAUUUUCUGACUGCCUGCCCCAGUGCCUGCUUAUUUCUCUAUGUACUUUGUGUGUCCCUUUCCUCUUAUACCCUCUGGUCUUACCUCUGACAGUCUUUAAUAUACACCUUACCCCUCAUUGCCCUGUUUUGUUUUAUUAUUUUUAUUUUCAAUUAGUUUUUUCCUUGUGCCUGUGCUUUAAAGUCUGUGUCCCCCUGUUUCUUGCUCUGUAUCCCUCUCUGUCCUGCUCUGUGUCCCCCUGUCUCUUAGUCUGUGUGCCCUCUUCUCUCAGCCUGUGUACCCCUUUAUGCUGGAUGCCCCCAGUCUCACAGUGCCUAUGCUCUCAUUAGACCAACACUGCCUGGUUCUCUUUGUGCUCCCAUGUCCCAGGGUGUGUGUGUGUAUAGGGUGAGCAUGUUGCUUAAACCCCCCUAUUAACUCAUCCAUAGAAUUUUGGGCAUUGGAGGCGGUGCCUGUGUGCAACAACUAGGGGGUCUUCUCUUGGCCUUCAAAGGGGCCCAUCCGAAAACAUGGACGCAGGAAAAAUGACUGUGAGUAUAAACAAAGCCAUAAACACUCAAGAAGCUGCCGUGAAGGAAAAACAUGCAAGGACUUGCAUCUUGGGGACACACCAUGAGAAAGGGGCUCACACGUUCUGGGCAGCUGUCAACCGUCUGCCCUUAUCCAGUAAUGCCGUGCUGUGCUGGAAAUUCUGCCACGUGUUCCACAAACUCCUCCGAGAUGGCCAUCCCAAUGUUCUAAAGGACUCCUUGCGUUAUAAAAAUGAACUCAUCGACAUGAGCCGCAUGUGGGGCCAUCUCAGUGAAGGGUAUGGCCAGCUAUGCAGCAUAUAUCUCAAGCUGCUGAACACAAGAAUGGAGUUUCACACAAAGAAUCCCCGUUUCCCUGGCAACCUUCAGAUGACUGACAGACAACUGGAUGAAGCUGGGGAGAAUGAUGUGAAUAAUUUUUUCCAGUUAACAGUGGAAAUUUUCGAUUAUAUGGAGUGGGAGCUCAAUUUGUUCCACACAGUGUUUAAAUCCCUGGAUAUGUCUCGUUCUGUGUCUGUCACUGCAGCUGGGCAGUGUCGUCUGUCACCUCUUAUCCAAGUCAUUCUCGAUUGCAGCCAUUUAUAUGACUACACUGUCAAACUACUGUUUAAGCUGCACUCAUGCCUUCCUACUGACACUCUGCAAGGACAUCGAGAUCGCUUUAUGGAGCAGUUUCAAAAGUUAAAGGAUUUGUUUUACCGUUCAAGUAACCUGCAAUACUUUAAACGCCUUUUACAGAUUCCUCAGUUGCCUGAGAAUCCCCCAAAUUUCUUGCGGGCUUCAGCGUUGUCUGAGCACAUCAGCCCUGUGGUGCUGAUACCUACAGGAAAUUCACCUCCUGACAGUGAGACGCUAAUAGAAACAGAUGACCUUGUAGGGAUGGAUUCAUCAUCCAGUCAGGGCAUCCCUGAAAAUAAGUUUGAUGAUUUAUUUGGAAGCUCCAUCAGCAAUGAUCCAUUUAAUUUCACCACCCAGAAUGGCAUGAGCAGAGAUGACAAAGAUCGUUUGAUAGAGCAGCUGUAUAAAGAGAUUGCUGUGCUAAGGGAAGACUUGGGCAACUUUAAGGCAGAGAGCCAUCGGUUGGUUAUUCAUUUGAAGGGGCGAAUUCAGGAGUUGGAGGCGGAAUUAGCAGAACAGAAACAUUUGAGAGCACAGGCCGUUGAUGAACACGAGUUUCUGCGCACAGAGCUGGAAGAUCUGAAGAGGAGAAGACAAGAUACAGAAAAAGCACAGAAGAGUUUAACCGAAAUAGAGAGGAAGUCCAUAGCUAAUGAGCAGCGAUACACAAAGUUGAAGGAGAAAUAUGCUGAGCUGGUGCAGAGCCACGCAGAACUGCUGAGAAAGAAUGCUGAAGUCACAAAGCAGGUUACAGUGGCACGGGAAGCCUAUGAGGAUAUGGAGCGCUCCAAAAAGGAGCUGGAGGACUCAUACCAGCGUGUGAAUGAACACACACAAAGAAAGGCAGAGGAUCAGAUGCAGCAGAUGGAAGAUCUUCAAGGGGCAUUUGAGGCAAGCAAAGCGGAAGUUCAGCAUCUAAAGACCACCAUAGAGACCGCCAAGCAGGAAAACCACAUACAGUUUCAAGAAGUUGAAGACUGUGUGCUACAGCGCCUGCUACAGGAAGCUGAGUGUAUUAUACAGGAGUCACUUGCUCUCUUAGAUGAACCCUUUUAUACAAAUGGCAGCAUAUCGACUGACUUUUUAAUUUCCAGAACACAAGCUGCGGUAGAGAGUACGCAGAAAAUGGAGGAAGCUUGGAAGAAAAGGCUAUCUGAACAAUCAGAUGUAAGCACCUUGGUGCCAUAUCUUCUUCAGUUUGCACAUCGAAUAAGUGCUGUUAUCACCCAAGGAGCACAGACCAGGACCUCUGUAGAGCUGAGUGAUAGCUGCCGUGUUUGUGGUAUUGAGGCUCUUAGCUAUCUUUCCAGUCUGAGGAGCAGAGAGUCACAGGGGGAAGCAGACUGCACCAAGAUAACUGCAACACUGAAAAAUAUAGCGGACAUUGCUCAGGAGUUGAGGCCUCCAUCACUGGAUGUCAAAGAAGAGGAAUUAGGGGACCUGGUGGAAAAGGAGAUGGGAGCCACGGCUGCAGCCGUAGAAGCAGCAGUCAGCAGAAUUGAGGACAUGCUCAGCAAGUCACGGACUGAUGACACUGGAUUAAAAUUACAAGUCAGUGAAAGGAUAUUGGGGUCAUGUACAGAUCUCAUGCAAGGUGUACGAGCUUUGAUCAUGGCCUCCAAAGAUCUUCAGAAAGAGAUUGUAGAGAGUGGACGUGGGGCAGCGUCACCUAAAGAAUUCUAUGCCAGGAACUCACGCUGGACGGAAGGUUUAAUUUCUGCUUCAAAAGCAGUGGGUUUGGGAGCAACAGUCAUGGUGGACGCUGCAGACCUUGUGGUCCAGGGACAGGGAAAGUUUGAAGACCUCAUGGUGUGUUCCCAUGAAAUUGCCGCUAGCACGGCCCAGCUUGUUGCGGCUUCAAAGGUAAAGUCUGAGAAGGACAGUGCUAAUCUUGUCAAGCUUCAGCAGGCCUCCAGAGUUGUAAACCAAAAUGCUGCUGGGGUAGUGGCGUCUACAAAGUUGGUCAAGUCCCAAAUUGAAGAGAAAGACACAAUGGAUUUUUCCAGCGUGACACUUACCCAGAUCAAACGACAGGAGAUGGAUUCUCAGGUUCGAGUCCUGGAGCUUGAAAACCAAUUGCAAAAGGAAAGAGAGAAACUAGGAGAACUCCGGAAAAAACACUAUGAACUUGCAGGAGUCUCAGAGGGCUGGGGAAAUGAUGCAGAAUAAGCUGGACCACGGCUUUUUAUCACAAUGCUGAAUGCACACACAGCGGCAAUCCCAGACUUGGAAAGCACACGUAUCGCAUUCAAUACAAACCUCUCCAACAAAGCCAGGACUAUCUGGUACUGAGUAUUCCCAACGGCCCACAGAAGUGGCAGAGGAGGGAUGGCGGCAGUGAAGCAGCGUGGGGGCACAAGAGGGAAGCCAACAACAAGACAAUACCAUUAUAUUGCCCAUCACGCUCCAAACCACCUCUCCCCUUCAACAUGCUUGGAUGUCAAAGAAAUUCUCUGUUUCUUGUUGUGUAUUAUAGUUUAGCAUUUAACAUCACCAAUAUGAGAACAAUGGAACUAACUGACAGGUGAUAAAAUGAUACUUUAUUGCCGUCUGGGUGACAAGUGUUAAGCCAUCUUCGGCGCAUUAAUAAUAUUCCAGAAUUCUUAAUGGCAUCAAUGUGUGGAAUAGAAUGGUGUGGAUUCAGUGAGGUAGCAGAAGGGCAGUGUUUCAACCUUUGCAAAAGGUAAAACUAGAGCACUUACUGUUCAGUUUUUUUUUUUAUAUGCAAAUGACUGACACAUAAUCAGAGUCAGUAACCUGCUUAAAGAAUGCUCCUGUAUGAUGGGAAACCUUAUGGCAUCCUACUAGGAGCCUGUGUUAGGACCACAGAUAUUACAAGAGGGAUGGUAUUACGAACCACAGAAGCCUGUUCUCAGGAACACUUAUUCUGAAAUGCAAUCCAUCAGUUGUACUGAUAGUAUUGGUGCUGCAAACAUAAUCACAAGGUGGAGACUGAUUCAAAAGUGAUGGGAAUAAGACGGGGUCUAUGCAUCUUUAGAAGACAUUUUUCCAGCUUUAAUAUUGCUAACUGGGGAUGAUUUGCUGUGACGAUAUAAAAUACAAAAGAUGGUGGUAAUGUGCAGUGUAGUGAUCUUAGCCAUGGUAAUUUGGAGUGUUGCAGGAGAAGACACCACCACAUCAUCACUUUGUGCACACAUUAAGAAGUAACCAAUGUAGGACAAAACUCUUCAUCAAUUAUCUCUGAUUAUGGUGCUUCUGGUUCACAACCCCGGGUCCUGUAGCGUCCUACACAGCCAUAAAUACAGAAACAUCGGUAGAUGUUCCUUUAGGCAGUAAUUCUGAGCACACUGUGAGAUUAACAGGAGGCACAUCAUGUAGUCCAUGGUGUAUUGACUUCACGUGUCUGCCAAUGUGAUGUGUGACACAACUACAUGUCAUCCAUUCACAUGAAUAAACCAUAUUCCUUUUUUUUUUUUUCUGUCCUUUUUUUUUGUGCAAAAGUGUGUCUUCUCUCUUUCAAUCAACCAUGUAACCUCUUCUAUUUAAGUAUGGUCUCAAGUCUUCCUAUGAGAUCGGUUGACAAAGCCAAGGAUUCUGUAUUUAUUUCAAUUUUGAAUCAUUCUGGAUAAUUGUAUACCUGACAUCCAUAGAUUUUCAGACAGAUACAUAAGUAAUAAAGUGAUUGAGUUUUAA